UGGAAGAUUUCUGAGUUAAACUUCAUCACUUCAGGUUUUCUUUUUUCUGGUUCUUGAUGGCGUCGAGCGCAAGUCCGAUGGAAUCGAAUUGGAUAGUGGACACUUCCCUAGAGCUUAACACAUCCUAUACGAAGGAAAUUGUUCCAAGAAAUGAUAACUCUCAAGGAGGACGACCAGAAGAGCCCGUUGUGAAGCAUGAGGCCGGUGCACUGGUCGAGGAGUAUCACCGAAUUAGCCACGAGAACAGGAAGUUGACCGAAACGCUGACCCUUAUGCACGAGAGCUACAAUGCGCUGCGUAACCAGUUGAUUAUCUUGGAGAAUAAAACCUCCGAAAGUGAACUCGGUGCGUCAAGAAAGAGGAAGCACGAAGCUAAUGUUGCUGCAGACAGUUGCCAUUACGACGAAGAUCAGAUGUUCAAGAAGCCAAAGGACAGCUUCAAACACAAGAUCUAUAGAAUCCAUUUCCGAACUGAUGCGUGCAACAUGAACCUUGUAGUGAAGGAUGGUUACCAAUGGAGGAAAUAUGGUCAAAAGGUCACAAGAGACAACCCAUAUCCAAGAGCUUACUACAAAUGUUCCUUUGCCCCAACUUGUUCUGUUAAAAAGAAGGUACAAAGAUGUGUUGAUGACCCCUCUGUCCUAGUGGCCACGUAUGAAGGAGAACACAACCACCCGAGCCUGUCUGAGCCCGCGAUUCCACUAGGUUCUGAAAAACAGGGACUGAAUCUGGGCGCCCUUCCAAUUCCAUCGCCUUGGAAGUCGAGAUCUUCUAGUCCUAGGAGUACUCCUGAUUUGAUGUUCCCGGGUUUCAACACUCUAUCUGCAAAAAUGGGCCAAGAAACAGAAGCGGCGGCGGCGUUUCAACAGUUUCUGGUGCAGCAGAUGGCCUCUUCUUUGAAAAGAGAUCCCAAUUUCACGGAAGCACUCGCGGCUGCAAUAUCGGGAAGGAUAUUCGACCAAGCCCAAAUUGAGAAGUGGUGAAUGGACAGCGCAUUGUCGGAGUUUUGUAUUUAGUAUGAUUUACAUAUAAUUCGAGAACUGAAUUCAACGGUCAAGUCAUGACGGUGGUCAGUUUUGGAAUGAAGACGCGAACAUCUCAUCUUUUGUUUAUUGGCUGAGGAAGCAAGUUGAUCUGCUCACGAGCUUAUUUUCAGCUCGGGCAUAUAUAGCUAUUUGUACUCAACUUGAUUGUUUAGAGGUUUAGUCGAAUUUGAGUAGCUUGCAUACUAAACUUGUCUGGUGAUUUGAGGAUGGAGUGUUUACCUGCUUAUACUAUAUCUAUUUGAGGCGACGUUUACUUCUUA